AAAACAACAUGUCAGUUCAUGUCGGACUAAUUGGAGAAUCAAUUGCAAUUAUUUAAUAAAUACUAGAAAUUCUUAAGAAUCAAGUCCGUAUUUUACAAAAAAAUAUUUUCAAGCCUCAUCUAAGUUGAAUCUUGAUUUAUGCGUUCUCUUCUCUGCUUUGUGGUUGUUUGAUUGCUAUUAUAAAAUGGCAUCGUCACUAAAUAAAAUUAUUGUUAUUGUUGGAUUUAUUUCUUUAUUUCACUCGGCAUUUUCAGCAGCACAACAUCGCUCAUACCUUCGGAUUACUUCACAAGAAUUCACAACAUUGCCCUUAGAUAUUGUCAUCCAAGCCAUAGCAAGUUUAUUUGCUGUCAUGUGGGGUGUGCUGAAUAUAGCUGGCAAAUUACGCGAGAUACCAGCUGCUGCAGAAUUGAAUACAUUACGGUGGGAGAACCAAAGGAAUCUACCAUCUUUCUACAUGUUCAACCACAGAGGGAGAGCUCUAGCUUAUGACUAUGUACCCAGUUCUAGUAAAGCAGAGUUAGAGAAUAUAGAAUAGUGUAUAAAUAUAUUUAUUUUGAUGUUAUGUUGUAAGAUUGUAGUUCAGUAUGAAGGGAUUAAUUGAUUAUUUUUAAUAUAUAUACUAGUAUUACUACUGGUUGUAAUGUUUAUAUUAUUAAAGUUAUGUAAAAA